GUAUCAGUUUUUUUGAAUAUAAAUCAUUCAUAAGCAAUAUCGUCGAGUUUGUGGAGGAACAGAAAAAAAAAAAUGAAUACGUUAUUAUUAUCAUCAUUCACUACUCUAACCAACAACUUCUAUGGUGCCUGCGCUAUUCUUCUUCUUCUUACUUUCUUCUUUCUUCUCAACCGUAACAGAUUCUUGUUCGCCUCGUCUUCAUCAAAACCCUCUUUGAUCUCCAAUUCUACCGAUUCAAACCUAAGGGUUUACAAUAGUACCGCUGAAAUUGGCAGAACCUCAAAGAAUGUGACAGAUGCUGAUUUGAAGUUUUUAAUGGAGAUUUUGGAUGAAAAUCUAAAUCAGAAUCAUAAAUGGGAGGAUGUCAUUGAUAAAAGAAACCAUCGUUUAUGCUACAAAGCCAAAUCCUGCAAACCUGAGAAUGGUCCCCUAAGAUAUUGGAGUGUGACUGUGUUCAAUGAUAUUUCGGCGGAGAUGCUAAGAAACUUCUACAUGGACAAUGACUACAGAAAGCAAUGGGAUAACAUGGUGGUUGAUCACAAUCAGCUGCAGGUGGACGAAUCCGAUGGUUCUGAAGUUGGUCGUACGGUUAAAAAGUUCCCCUUUUUGAAGCCUAGAGAGUAUGUACUAACUUGGAAGUUGUGGGAGGGGAAGGAUAAAACUUUUUACUGUUUUAUAAAGGAAUGUGAACAUCCUUCAUCACCACGGCAGAAAAAAUAUGUAAGAGUUGAGCUUUUCAGGUCUGGCUGGCGAAUUAGACAAGUACCUGGUAGAAAUGCCUGUGAGAUCACCAUGAUUCAUCAGGAAGAUGCUGGUUUGAAUGUGAAGAUGGCAAAACUGGCUUUCUCCAAUGGAAUAUGGGAUUAUGUAUGCAAGAUGGAUAAAGCGCUUAGAAGAUACUCUGCUGUAAGCAGCCAUUUAUCCAGUUCAGUUACCACUUCAGUCAAAUUAAUGCAGAAGGUACCGGCUUCCUUGGAAUCUAGUACAUCUUCCCCUCAUUCUUCUAUCAUUCAUGAUCAAGCUACUCGCGACGAAUCUCAAGUGUGUGUGAUCUCAAGAAGGCCUUCAAAGAAGUUGUUAGCCAAUGGUUUGCUGCUUUUAGGGGGUGCAAUAUGUUUAUCUCGUGGUCACUCUAGCCUAGGUGCUAAAGUUGCAAUGGCAUACAUCGUCACAAAAUUUAGUAAACGUAAUACAGAUUCUAACCAAACAAAACAAAGUUGAGUGAUAAAGUAAACACGUGUAACAGAUUGUAAGAUACUUAUAUGUUUAACAACUUUACAUAGAAUGUGAAAUUAAUCUGUUUGAAUCAA